AUGGCUUCAGGUGGUGGGGAGUCCACCUCUCCACGUAUAUUUGCUCCAAGUUCAUUCACUUUUGAUGAUUCUCAGUUAUGUUUCAACAAAAAUCACUUUGGUCGGCCAGAUUUCAAUGUUCAGCGUUUCAUGAACUUGGCCAGGCGUCGAGCUGGCCUCAAGCAAAUACAGCAAGAUCUACGAGUCUAUUUGAAAAGUGUUCAACAUUCGAUGAUCGAACUGAUCAACGACGACUAUGCUGAUUUUGUUCACCUGUCUUCGAAUCUUGUCAGCUUGCAAAGCACUAUCGACAAAAUUGAAAACGAUAUGAAUACCAUAUGGACAGAAUUCGAGAGCAGCACUAGUGAUGCCGUCCGCACGGCUGAACGCGUCGAAUCGUUUUGUGUAGAACUGUCUCAAAAUCGAGCAUCUCAGGUCGAGAUCCGUCAUCGUAUCUCAUUUUUGUCAGCUCUUCAACGACUCUCCAGUCUAAUUAAUAAUGUGCCAGAAUCAAUUGGUGCACUUUGGCUAGAAAAAGUUUCCUCGUGCCUGGUCGAUGCUAGUUCGUACAAAGAAGAUCUCGUGGAAGGCAGCAGAGAAAGCAAGAUGCUCAAUAAGUUGCUGACCAAACUGGAAACCGUUCUCUGUGAUGAAGGUGUGCGAAGUGCUAGUGGGGACUGCUCCUCCUUACCACAUGUUCUGUCGUUGCUGUCAUUAGCUGACUGCACUCACUCAUUGACUGCCCGACUUGUCUCGGACUUGAUCUACCCAAAGCUUGUCCACCCUGCCAAGGACCACUACGAAAUGCUGAAGGAGGUUUUCAGUGGUGUUAAUAAGAUGCGCACAAACUGGAGUGAAAUUCUCGGUCCAAAGUAUACUGGACAAGUACAGGCAUUCCUUGAACAGACACUUCUCACAUUUUUGCUCACUUUCAUCGACAAGUGUAUGGGUACGGUAGCCGUGCCAACGAAUACAACAAUGUUCCAUCGUUGUUUCACAGCAACGCAAGAAUUUGUUGAGAAUUGGCCUCCCCACCCGCAUUCGAGGGCAAUUUUGAAAGCGAUUCGUGAUAAGUUCAAUUUGAUCGUGUAUUUCAAACUGGUUACUCACAAAGCUGUCCGCCAGGUGGAUAGUGAAAUGGCUCCAGAAUCGCUAAAGUUUUCCUCGGAUAAUGAGAUGCCGGAAGGAGGUGUACUGUGCGAUGUCUCCUCGACAAUAUUGCGAACUAUUGAAAAUGUGUGGGCAGAAGACGUUUUCCUUUAUCCCAUUACCGAUAAGCUGUGGGAUUUCACUCUAAGGCUACUCGGGAAACAUCUGUCCUGGGCGAGGACGUUGAUAGAAACGGCUACGACGGAUACUUCUGCUGAGUUGGGUGGCGUUGAGGCAUGGCGUGCACUGUUGUGUGUUCGGCAUGACCUUUCCACAGUAGCGUCAAAAGUCUUUGACUUGGCGCUUGAGCAGUUAUGGCCAAAACUUGCUGAUUUGAAUGUCGACACAACGCUAUUUGGUCAGUGUCUAACUCGAUAUAACCUCCUUGUCGAUGCAGAAUGUAACAAGAUAGAUGAACUAGUAGUCAAACUGGUUUCAUCUUUGUUGUCUAAGGAACUUGACAGCGUAUCCGAUGUUCCCAAGCAGUACAGAUGGACAAAGAAGCCAUCACCAUCUACGCAUUCUGCGUACAUAACUACUGCUCACACAAAACUUGAUAGCUUCUCGAAAGAACUUGCCGAGAGAAAUCAUCCCAAAGCCGAGCAGUUGGUUCGCUCCGCCUUGGUCGCGUCAUACACUCGGCUCGUCACAAAGGCUGGAGAGGUACUCGACAGCGUUGAUGCGACCGGAUCAAGCCUCUCGCGAUUCAACCGUAAAACAGGAACACUCGAUGGGACGUCAGAUGACGAUAAAAUCCGAACACAGAUUUUCCGAGACCUGUCCUUUUGUGAGGCGAAAGGAUCAGAAAUGGAUGUCGUGGUAGAAGGAAUGUCGAAAUUGAUACAACGCUCACGACCCGAGUCUUCUGAAGCGAAUACAAAUGGAAACACAAAUGGCACCGUAAACGGACCUACACCUGUGCUUCCAGAAAACCAAGAGCUGCCAAAUACGGAAGCCGUAAUUGAUGCGAACUUGAAUAUACUAGAUUCGGAUACCAAAUCAGAUCCAUUGGACCAAAAGGAGAAAUCGAAUGACUCGGAGUCAGAUCGUCCUGUGAUGGAUCCUUCUGCUGUUUCAUGA